AUGUGUUUCAUAUACACGAAUGCUUCAUAUGCAAGCAUAUGCCACAUGCGAUGUGCAAUCAUAUGUGAUCUGCAAGCAUAUGCGAUGUGCAAUCAUAUACGAUCUGCAAGCAUAUGUGAUGUGCAAUCAUAUGCGAUCUGCAAGCAUAUGCCAGAUGCGAUCUGCAAGCAUAUGCCACAUUCGAUGUGCAAGCAUAUGCGAUCUGCAAGCAUAUGCGAUCUGCAAGCAUAUGCAAUCUGCAAGCAUAUGCCAGAUGCGAUCUGCAAGCAUAUGCCACAUUCGAUCUGCAAGCAUUUCUUCCAUCUGCGAUCUGCAAGCAUAUGCCACAUUCGAUGUGCAAGCAUAUGCGAUCUGCAAGCAUAUGCGAUCUGCAAGCAUAUGCCAGAUGCGAUCUGCAAGCACAUGCCACAUUCGAUGUGCAAACAUAUGCGAUCUGCAAGCAUAUGCGAUCUGCAAGCAUAUGCAAUCUGCAAGCAUAUACCACAUUCGAUGUGCAAGCAUAUGCGAUAUGGAAGCCUAUGCGAUCAUAGCUAUGUGCUAUGCUACGCUAUGCUAUGCUACGCUAUGCUAUGCUAA